AUGGUGAAGAGUACAUCGAGACUAGCAUUAAUUUCGACGUUAUUUAUAUCCCUUGUCAAUGCCACGGUACCGGGAUCAUCGAGCGCCAAUGAGAUAAACCAAACGCAGAAAAAACGUCCCCCGUAUACUGGAGGAGCUCUAUAUCCACAGGCCACAGAGACAAGGGACUUAAGAACAUUAGAUGGCAUUUGGAACUUUAGAAAGUCCCCCACAGAUCCUGAGUAUGGAUAUCGGAAUGGCUGGUACGAGCAAGAUCUGGAGAAGACAGGUCCAGUAAUCAAGAUGCCAGUACCGUCGUCGUACAAUGACGUAGGUGAGGACGUCUCUUUGAGAGACCAUGUGGGCUUGGUGUGGUACGACCGGCGAUUCUACGUGCCGCCAUGGUGGCUGCAAAAUGGACAACGCGUGUGGCUGCGAUUCAGCAGCGUGCAUUACGCGGCACAAGUGUGGGUGAAUGGGAAGUUGAUGGCGUACCACGAAAUCGGCCACCUGCCUUUCGAGGUGGAAAUUACAAAGGAAGUGUAUCCAAACGCGAGCAACUUGCUGACCGUGGUGGUGGACAACACGCUACUUAGCGACACUGUACCCCAGGGAGUUAUAAAGGAUACUAUCAUUGGCAACGGCAAGGUUCGCCAGGAGCAGAGCUACACAUUCGAUUUUUUCAACUACGCGGGCAUACAUCGCACAGUUUUCUUGUACUCAACACCACAGCUAUAUAUUGAUGAUGUCAUAGUGAACACUGAUAUACAAGGACUGACAGGAUUUAUCGUAUACAAUAUCACACACCAAGGAACACCAAGCCCAGACAACGUGGAGUGCCUGGUACAAAUAUUUGACAAAAACGACUCGCAAGUUGCAGCAUCGCACGACUGUGCCGGUCUCAUUGAAAUAGGCAACGCUAAUUUCUGGUGGCCUUAUUUGAUGCAUCCUUCUCCUGGUUAUUUGUACACAUUUAAGGCUAGCCUAAUCGGUCCAAACGGUGAAAUAGUAGAUACCUACAACCAGAAAGUGGGUAUAAGAACGGUUACCUGGAGCAACACAUCGGUGUUCAUAAACGACAAACCAAUAUAUCUCAGAGGUUUUGGCAUGCAUGAAGAUUCAGAUUUGCGAGGUAAAGGUUGGGAUCCAGUACUCUGGGUGAAAAACUUCAACCUGAUCCGUUGGGUUGGCGCCAAUGCGUUCCGCACCUCGCACUAUCCAUACGCUGAAGAGAUCUACCAGUUAGCUGACGAACAGGGAAUUAUGAUAAUUGAUGAGUGUCCUGGAGUCGAUACAGACAUAUUCUCGAAGUCUCUGCUGGUGAAGCACAAGCAGUCGUUGACGGAGCUGAUUCGACGAGACAAGAACCACCCGUCUGUUGUCAUGUGGUCCAUCUCAAACGAACCCAGGUCCGCCAACCGUCUCGCUGACGCCUACUUUGGUGAAGUGGUUAGACACGUGAAAUCGAUGGAUCUGUCAAGACCGAUCACCAUUGCCAUAUCCCAGACCUACACAACUGAUAAAUCCGCACAACACCUUGACGUCAUAUGCUUCAACCGCUACAACGGCUGGUACCAUGCGACGGGCUCUUUGACUACCAUCACCAACAACGUGGUGGACGAAGCCACCGCGUGGCAUAUCAAGCACAACAAGCCUAUCAUCAUGACCGAGUACGGAGCCGAUACUAUCGCUGGGCUUCAUCAGAUGCCGGAGUACGUGUGGUCAGAGGAGUUCCAGGUGGCGUUGAUGUCUGAGCACUUUAAAGCUUUCGACAAACUACGGCAGGCCGGCUUCUUCGUGGGUGAAUUUAUAUGGAACUUCGCCGACUUUAAUACUGCGCAGACAAUAAUUCGUGUUGGUGGCAACAAAAAGGGCAUUUUCACACGAUCGAGACAACCCAAAGCUUCAGCGCAUCAUUUAAGAGCGCGCUAUCUCGCUGUCGCGGCUUCUGAUACCGGCACUGCACCACCUGACUCACUGUAUAUAUCAGACAACAGAUCGAAACUACACGAAGAGUUAUAG